AUGCUACCCUGCGACUUGGAUGAUUGUGAUUUCGAGGCCCCCAACGUCAUUGCGGUGCGUGAAGAUGAGGGACAAUCGCCUGAAGUGAUCGAGCAGAGUUUCCGACUGCGCAUCCGAUAUGCCUCCCCCGGUCUCGUCUCUUUCCGUCUGCUUGUAGUCCCCGACGGCAUGUCAACAAAAACCACAUCUUGGCUACAGAUAAGAGCAGACUGCAUCGAGUCACUUGAGAAGAUGCUCUAUGACAAAGCCAACACGAGCGGCCCAAGCCCACCUUACCUCGAAACUGUCCGCUCGCGACUCAACGGCAUGCAAUCGGUAGCCCGUAUGCAAUUCCACCUGCACAAGGAUGGUCGUAUCGAUCUAGUCACACCCAUUGAUUCCGAUAGCGGAAACACAACUGGCGGCGAACCCGUCUUGGAUACACGAGCAUCACUCAAAUCCCUUGCGACUGCCUCGCGGUUUUCCGUGUUCUUUCGGCACGACAUCCUGCGGCGGAAGACGUUUCUGAAAUACAAGAGGGCUAUUCAAGACUUUCCAUCUUUGCCGGAAAAUGACAAGCUUGCAUAUGAGUGUAUGGUGGAUGUACGUAGGCUGUACCAUGGCGCUGGCGGCAAGGUGCACACAUCCCGCGGUCUUCGUGGUUCUUGCCCUCCUACCGAGGCACAUUGCAGCUCACCUGAUCCGACCACGCCCGCAUCGUGCGGCGGUAGCACCGUUCCCUUCGACGAUGUGCCACCUGAUCGAGGUCUCCCCCCGCCAUAUGAUGAGUGCUCGAGCGAGGGACAGUCGCCGGAGACCCGGCCAGGCCCUGCAGCCACAGUCGCCGAAAAGUCCAAACGCGACUGCGAACGCGACCCGCCGGAAUAUGGUGAUACCGGACGGGAGAAGAAUGCGCUGGAAUCGUCCCUUGACGUCUUCCCCUUGGGGAAUGCAGAUAUAUACACACCAGGCAUCAAAAGAAAACGUUCGCCAACCACCGUAUGCACCACAAAGACUUCCAUGAUAGACGCACCUCGACCAGGCCAAUUGCAAUACCCGCUCCUAGCCGAUCGGGGCAGCCCACUGAUGCGUGCGCUGGAGCAGCAGCAACAACACAUCCAUGAUCUACAACAGAUGUUCAGGAAAUCGCAGAAACGUAACGAGGCGCUCGAAGCGCGGUGUGAUGAGCUGGAGAAAAGACUUUGUGAAUUGGAAGAGGGUCAAUCUGAAAAUGUCGAGACGGUCGGCAAUCUUGACAUCACGCUUGAUGAACUCCAAGCUAGGUGCGAUAAUCUCGAGAAGCAAGUGCCAGACGUGUGUGAUGAGAUGGAGGACCUCAAGAAAACAUGGUUAGAGGAGUGCAGAGAGGAGCUUGAAGACAAGGAGCGCGAAUCAUUCGAGGAUCGCAUGGCGAAACAGGUGCGCGAGAGUGUCGAGGCUGAGUUAAACAAAGUCAGAAGGAGGGUCUUGAAAGCCCUUCAACCACCAUGA